AUGAAUUAGAAAUUUAAAUUCCAUGAGAAAAGCCUAUCGUUACCUUUAAUAGUUAGAAAACCAAUAGCAGUUAUGAAUUAUAAAUUGUAUGAAAAAUAUCAGCACUCACAAAAUUACUAUUAUCUAAGAGACAUUAAUGAAAUUUUAAAUGAUGCUAGUACAAAAAUAGUAAUUCAUUUUAAAGAUUAAAUAACUAUUGAUGAAGACGUAUCUAUUGUAUUUAAUAUAUAUAGGAAGAAUAUCUUAAGAGAUUUUAUAAAAUAAAGGAAUUCUUUCAAAAAAUAGGGUUACUUACAGAAUAUUAUAAAGUAUAUUUUUGAUAUGAAAUAGUUUCAUGUAGAUAUUGCACGAAUAUUUUAAGAGCCAAUUUGUUCAAUCUUAAAUAAAUAUUAUGAUAAGAAAAGAAAGUAUGAUUAUUUUAGGAUUGCUAAAAUGAUUGAAGAGGAAAACAAAUUAAAUCCAAAUAAACCACCUAAAGGAAUUGUUGGUGAAAGACCUUCACCUGCAAAUUCAUAAGAAUCAGUUCUUUAAGAAAGAGAUGAUAAAGAAGAUCAGAAUAUCAAAAAUAUUUAAAUAUUAAAAGAAUUGAGUUGGUUAAAAGUAAAACUUUAUCAUAUAUCUACAUUAGCAUGAAAAAACUUUGCCUAAAGAAGUUUCUCAAACCAUAAAUGAAUUCUGCAAAUAAUUAGGAUCUGGAGGAGAUUAAUCAACUCUAUCAUUAGUUAAAUAUACUAAAUAAGACAAGGUAUCAUUAGAUAAUUUCCUAUUAUAUAUUGGAAAUAAAGCGAAUUUGAAUUAGAGAACAUCUCCAACUGCAAGAUAAUCUUAGGAAUAAUUGAUCCAAGAAUUAAUAAUGAAUUAGAAGGCUAAAAUUUCAUAAAAGGAUAAUAAAAGUUAUAGUAUGCAUAAAAAGAAUGAAACUAAGUAUAGUAUUGGUUCAAUAGAGAUAAGGAACAAUUUUGUAAAGGAUCAAUUUAAUAAUAUCUCAAAGAAAUCUAAUCGAUAAGCAUCAACAGAUAUAAUAGAGAGUGGAACUAGAUUAGAAAAUAAACCAUAAGAUUUAAUUAAAGUGAAAUCAAAGACUAUAGUAAGUAAAAAUUAACUUAAAAUUAAUAAAUUCAUUGGUGAUCUUAAUUAAAAUUCUCCUACUUUAUCUUUACAUAAGAUAUCUAUAGGUUCUACAUCUUUGAAAUCAUAAUAACCUCUUAUUUAAUCUUAAAAUAAUCAUAAACCACCAAAUCAAUUAACUAAACUAUUACUAGAAGAAGCUGAAUAAUAAUAAAAAUUAAGAAAUGGAGCAAUAACACAUAGACCUAUGUCUGGAACAAAUGCAUUUUUUGGAUCAUCAUCAACUAGAAAUAGUCCUACAAUUAAUUAUUAAAAAUUAAAUAUUCCAAAAUAAUUCAAAGAUGAUUAUUAAAAAUAUUAGAAAUUAAAGACUACUAAUUCACCUUAAAAAAAUCAUUAAUUAGGAAUGAUUGCAAAGGAUCUAUUUAUUAAAGCAUUGAAUUCUCAAAAGUAUAAGAAUUCAAUUCAUAUAAAGUAGAGUUCAAAUUAAGAAAAAGUACUUAAUUAAUAUAAUAAACAAAAGUAUAAUAAUGUGUAAUAAUAAUAAUAAUAAAAUAAUUUACUCGAAAAGAAAUAACAUAAAAAAAAUAAAUCAGAUGGUAGAGCUUUGUAAAAUAAGUUAUCAAUUCAUGAAAUUGGAUGUUUGACUGAUAGAAAUAUUAAAGAAACUAAUUAAUUAUUAAGUAAAUUAAAUAAAAAUAGUUCUCCAUAAACAAGAAGAUUACAUAGUGAAAAAUAAGAAUCACUCUCUGGUAAUAUGAAAGGGAUUUUAAUUUAAUAGAUGUUAAAAUCAUUUGCCAAAUAAAAUCUCUAAAAUUAAUAGGAUCUUAAAUGUCUAAUUAAAAAUUAAAAAAAAAAGUUUUGA